CUUAGAGUGGCUGGUAGAGACUCAACCUUGUGAGACCCAACAUACUCCUUCGACUUUUGUCUUUGGCUCCAUGCCCCUUAUUUAAUACCUGGCAUCUAGAGUACAAUAAUGCUUCUCGGAGCAGCUGGUAGAGAGCAGCAGAGUGGGAUGGAGAUGACUGAGGGCGUCUAUCGAAAAGUCGACCCAGAUGGAGGCAGCAGCCUCUCCACUGUCAAGUCUGUGGAGGGCGCAGACGAAGUCCUCAACAAGACUUCAAACUCCACAGAGAAUUCUGGAGAUCCCACCAGUCAAGACUCUGCUGGUAGAGAGCAGCAGGAUGGGAUGGAGAUGACUGAGGGCAUCUAUCGAAAGGUCAGCCCAGAUGGAGGCAGCAGCCUCUCCGCUGUCAAAUAUGUGGAGGAAGACGAGGUCCUCAACAAGCCCUCAAACUCUACAGAGAAUGCUGGAGAUCCCAACUCUCGACAUUCUGGGCGCUGGAGGAGUGCCGCUGUGUGUCUGGGUCUGCUCUGCACUCUACUGCUGUGCGGCAUUGCAGUCCUCAGUGUCCAGAUGAUGCUGAUGACUAAACAGUCAGAGUACAGAUACAGGGAGAAACUACAGAUACAGGUGGACUAUGACAACAUGACCUCAGAUUGCCAGCAGUUGCAGAUCAGUUACAACGGCCUGAAAAGUGUGAAAGCUAAGUUGCAGGACACAAACAGCAACCUGACAAGGGAGAAUUUACAGUGUCAGACAAGAUAUGCUAGUCUGUCAAGGGAAAAAGACCACAUCCAGCUCCAGAACAAUGGCAUCGCUAAAGAAAAAUCAGAGCUGGAAAAGCGUUACAAUGACAAGGUGCAACUAGAGUCCAGUUACAAAAACCUGACCUCAGAGAAUUCAGUGCUACAAGGCAAGUACAACAACUUGUUGAAUGAGAAAUCCAAUUUAACGACUACGUAUGACAAUCUGAGGAGGGAGAAAUUGCAGCUAGAGGCUAGUUACAAAAAUCAGAAUUCAGUGUUUCAGGACAGAUAUGGAAACUUGUUGACAGAAAAAUCCAAAUUACAGGCAACACAUGACAACCUGACUAUGAGGAAUAUGGAGCUAGAGACAAUGGAUGUGACUCUGGAUCCUGAGACAGCUAAUAACUACCUCAUCCUGUCUGCUGAUGGGAAACAAGUAAAACAUGGUUAUACAUCACAUAAUCGCCCUGACAACCUCAAACGCUUUGAUCCCAAUACCAUUGUGCUGGGCAAACAGGGCAUCAUCUCUGGUAGAUUUUACUAUGAGGUGCAGUUCCCUGAGACGUCAUUCAAACUCACAUCAUUCUCCUAUCACUGCUAUGGUGAUGACCCCCAGAUGUACCUGUCGUUCCAGCCAGAUAACUCCACGGUUUUUGCACGCAUCUCAACCUGCCUCACCAACCUGUCAACAUGGAUGAAGGAACACCACCUACAGUUCAACCUGUGCAAGACAGAGCUGCUAGUGAUCCCAGCUAAAGAGUCAAUCUGUCACAACAUCACCCUCACGAUGGGCUCUGCUACUGUGGCCUCAAAGUAG